GUGCAGCUGUCAACGGAGUUUCGAUUACGAAGUUGCGAAGUUCGUGCACGUUAUACGUUCUUUAUUCAAUUACAGAUUUUAUUUAUCAGUUGUUUGUAUUUCAGGCCAUGGUCGUCACCGAAGAAACGAAAGCAAUACCCGAGCUGUUACCACAUGAAAGAGACAAUACGAAAGAGAGUCAGAUUUUACUGUGGAUAUGGAACUGCCUGGGUGAAAAUAGCUGUUUCGAUUUUGACCAGUACGUUAGAGAUGGAGUACUUUUUUGCAGGUUAAUGAAUUAUAUCAAGUCAGGUUCGAUCCCGGGGGAAAUAAAGACAGGCGGUAAUCUAAAGCACAAACGGGACAAUAUUGUCAAGUUCCUAAAAGCCGUCAAAGACUACGGUGUUCCCAAGGAACUCCUAUUCGAACCUGAGGAUUUGCUGUUGCUGAGGAAUUUGCCGAAAGUAACCAGAUGCUUAUUUGAACUUGGGAAAUUGUCAGAAAAAGACAGUUCCUUCAAAGGACCCUAUUUAGGUCCAGAGCCAUACGAAGCAGCCAACAAAUCGGGACGAAGGAGGGGUGGACUACCUGUUGGUGACGAUAUCUACAUAGCUCAUGUCAAACUCGAUAAUGUCAUCAAGCAACUGCACACUCCUCCGAAGAAAAUUAUCGAUUUCUAUAGGCCCCUUAUCUUUUAAUCUUUUCCUUUAUGAAUUUGUUCCUAAUUCUAUUUUGCAGUAAGUUGAAAAAUAAAUUCUGCAAUAUACAAUUUUAGUUAUUUAAAAUUUAUGUCUGCAGUUUUUAAAUUUUGGAAAAAAAUCGCAAAAUAAAUUAUAAUUGCAUGACAAAUUGAAUUAAAUACUUAUUUGAUGGUUGUAGUAAUUAAAUAAAUUUUUGUUUUGUACAUAAUAAAAUCUAGAGCAUAUUCAAAGAAUUGUCUAAAUUAUAAUUACAUGAGAAAUUGAAUUGAAUAAUUAAAUACUUAUUUGAUGUCUGUAGUAUUUAAAUUUAUUUUUGUUUUGUACAUAAUAAAAUCUAGUGCAUA